CCUUGAACCACCCCCUUUCCGUCAGCAACAGGACCGCCCACUACCCAGCUUGGAAAACAGGGGCAUCCAGCUGUGGGCAACGGAGGGCUUGGGGGGUAAAAGGCCGAUCUCCACUCCUGUUUUGUUUGGAUCUGCGCUUUUCAUCGUUCUUUUGUAGACCAGCAGCGUCAAUUCAUUAUCCGAAUACAUUGUGUUACAAGGAAAUUGUGUAUUUUUUCCGUACAAUAGACGGAUGUGUAUUGCUGCAAAUUCACACGGAAAACAGUAAAUAAAGUCCAUUUGUUUUAUGCAGUUAGUGGGAUCUUUCUAUUCAAAGUUCUACAAGCGAACAGAAGGAGUGCGAUGAAGACUGAAAUCUCAACAGCCGCUUCCUUUAUCGCCAGGCUGCUCAAAACAAGUGGGGUGAUAGAAGAGGGCCAGCUGCAGAUGUUCUGCCAGUCCCUGCAGGAGUCAAUGAAAGAUCAUUACAAACAUCACUGGUUCCCCCAAACCCCUUGCAGAGGGUCAGGGUACCGCUGUCUGAGGAUCAACCACAAAAUGGACCCCUUAAUAGGACGAGCAGCAGGCCACAUCGGGCUCAGCCAUGAAAGACUGUUUCACCUUCUUCCCAGCGAGCUCACGCUUUGGGUUGAUCCAUUCGAAGUUUCCUAUCGCAUAGGGGAAGACGGCUCGAUUUGUGUGCUAUACGAAGGAUCUCCAGCUGUGGGCAAGUCUUUGGAAAGCCAUGCCAGUUGUAAAGAAGCCCUCCGGAUUGGCCAAAGCAGUCCAUCCAAAAAUUACACCAUGAUGACUGUUAUGAGUUGAAACAUCAAAGCACCAAACUUAAGAAUUGUACAAUUAUGUAUCUAUCCCCUUUCAGUUUCCUCUUUCACAAUGAAGUUAGAUGAACUUAAUUGUCAUCACCCCCGUAGACAUUAAAAUUGUAUUACUGCCAAAUAUCUCUUUUAUUCUUGCUGAAGGUGACCAUUCAUACCACGUAGGGACACAAGGCACUUCCUGUCAUACUUGGUUUACUUUUAUUGCUCUUCUCUUUGGAAUUGUACAUUGCAAAUGAAAUCUUGAGUCAAGAGAAGAUUUAUAUUUUGGGAUAGUCCUUGACUCUUUUUAAUAAAACCAAAAUUUACUUUUUUGCA